GUUAGGAGCUUAAAAAUGAAACAAAAAUGAUUGCCCCCAGAGUGACAGAGCCGACCCUCCAUUGCCUUUAAUCAUAUCUUAGGCCAAAGCAUCUCAAAGCCUUUGGCUUUGGUUUCCCAUAUCUUCAUCCCUCUAUCCUUCUCUUCCUCUAAGAACUCAUUGGUCCCUUCCCUUCAAACAAGAAACCAGACAGAGGCAGAGGAAGUUUUUGAGGAGGAAGUGAGACAUGGCAUUUGCAGGAACAACCCAGAAGUGCAUGGCCUGCGACAAGACGGUGUACUUGGUCGACAAGUUGACGGCCGACAACCGCAUCUACCACAAGGCCUGCUUCCGGUGCCACCACUGCAAAGGAACUCUCAAGCUAGGGAACUACAACUCCUUCGAAGGGGUCCUCUACUGCCGGCCGCACUUCGAUCAGCUAUUCAAACGAACUGGUAGUCUUGACAAGAGUUUUGAAGGAACCCCGAAAAUCGUAAAACCUGAGAAGCCUGCUGAUGGAGAGAAACCAGCAUCUAAGGUGUCCGGUAUGUUUGCUGGGACCAGAGAAAAAUGCGUUGGCUGUAAAACUACCGUCUAUCCAACUGAGAAGGUCACGGUGAAUGGAACUCCUUACCAUAAGAGCUGCUUCAAGUGUACGCAUGGAGGAUGCACAAUAAGCCCAUCGAACUAUGUUGCCCACGAGGGCAGGCUCUACUGCAGGCACCACCACACCCAGCUCAUCAGGGAGAAGGGCAAUCUCAGCCAACUUGAGGGCGACCACCACGACAACAAGGAACCACUGGGUGCCAAGGAAGUCGCCGCUGAGUCGUAAUUCCCCAAACCAUAUGCCAUUACCCAUUUGUUCACAUAAUGACUCUUUUCCUUAGAGACCAAUAUCACUAUGCCUGUAAGUUCGUGACAUUGUAUUUCUAGUACCUCGAGAUGGAAUGCGUGAUCAGCUCUUUCAGUGGUUUCUUCUUGGGUUUUGUUUGCUUGCAUUGCUACUGCAGAUGCUUGCUCUCCUCAAUCGAUAUCGAGUAUAUAAUUUUUGGAUUGUGCUUGC